AACAUCAUGGCGGCCCUGUUACGACUCGGGGCUGGGAAAGCAUGCCGACUUUUAGCAGCAAACGCUAUACGUAACCCUUUGAUCUACCAAAGAAGCUCGGAAAUUUUACACAAAGAAUGUAUUCUAAGAGCAUGUAGUACCAGAUUUGACGCCUUGAGGUACCUAAGCAGUGAAACCACUGCUGGCGAAGCUGUUAAAGAACCGUCUGAGAUCGAGAGUCAGCCUACGCGCGGUAAAAAACGAUUCCGGUAUGAAAAGGCACCGGAAACUAGAUACGACCGCGAUACAAGAAUAUUAGGAACGAUCAUCGUCAAGAAAAUUCUACUGAGAACCUUUGAGAAUAUUCUGCUCAAAGAGGGCAAGCUGACACCGUUACAAGCUUACCAGGCGAUACGAAAUUGUGGAACGCAGUUAUUGUAUGAACGACCCGAAAAGAGAGUUGAAGUGGCGCAUUACAUAUGGGACAAAAUUAUCGAGACAGUAAAAUGCUAGAGUACAUCAAGGAUUCCAAAAUGCAUGUUACAGAGGAAGUGUAUUCUGCUCUUGUCACUGCAUAUGGCCGCACUAGAGACAUGGAGAGUGCCAAAGGUGUAUUUGACCUCAUGAAAGAGAAUAAUUUGAAGCCAGACACUGACAAUUACACUGCACUGCUUUUGGUUCAUGCAGAAAUUGGAGACGUGGAAGGCAUAAUGGAGACGCUUCAAACGAUGCAAGAAAAUAAUGUGCAUCCCAGCCAGAGGAUGUUUUUAGUGCUAUUGGAUACACUUUCAAAGCAUGGACAUCCUGAAGUUAUAAAAGCGCUUUUAGAUACACCCCAUAUCUUGGAUUUUGUUCAAAAAAACCUGAGGGAUUUUUUGAUAACAGUUUCAACACGAGGGGAGGUGAACACAGCCUUCCUUCUGCUGGGAUAUAUGAAACAACCAACCAAUGCCUUUGGUCUAACUACAGCUGAAAACAAUGAACGUUUGUUUCUGAGGAACACAAUCCUGUCGGGCCAGUCAAUCGAUACUAUCAUGAUCACCAUUCGUGAGCUGGAAAAACUUGGCCUUUUUGAACCAAAGAAACUGUAUGAACUUGCUUUGGACAAUAGCUACAAUGCUAGAAACCCAGAACUUGGAUUUAUCCUCUUACAAGAAAUGAUGAAAAAGGGAAUCACAGUACGAAGCCAUUACUUUUUUCCACUCCUGGCAAUCCAUGCCAAAAAGAAAGACCCUAAAGCGGCCCAGGAUGUCUUUUCUCUGAUGGCAAAGCAUGGCUUUGAACUGGAUGGCAGAGUUUUGAAGUACCUUUUAGAUUCGUUCAGUGAAUCCAGUGGGAAUGACUUAGAGAUGGUAGUUGCCUUUACAAAGGAUAUGCCCUUCACCAGCUAUUCAAUUACGGUCCUUGCUCAACUUUUCAUGAUGACUGGAAAUUUGGACAAGCUGCAACAGACCAUUGAAUUAGCUAAGAAAGAGGGUGUCAAAGAUAAAGCCCUAAUUUGGGGUUUUGAAGAAUAUCUGCUUUCAAAAGAAUUCAGUCCUAAACAAGCAGUGAAGAUUGUGGAGGUUCUUGACAAACACAUAAACUCUGCACAUGAAGGUAUUUUUACGAGAUUACAGAAUGUCGACCCUGAUGCGAUCAAGGAAAAUGCAGAGUUUUUGAAACGUCUUAUAGAAGCUGGCCUUUCACAUCAUCUGCAGCCUCAAUGUUAUACAGUUAUGUUCAAGCAGUUGGUGAACUUCAGACUGUCACAGGACUUUUACGAAUUUUUACGAGUGAUGAAGGAGCAUCAGGUACCACUUAGUUUUCAUCAGUACAGGCCGAUGUUACAGAUGAUGUCUAUCGAUGGUAAAGCAGAGGCGGCACAGUUUUGCUUUGACAAGAUUAAGGAAGAAAAUGAGCUGGUCGGUCUUGAUUACUCUCGGUUGAUUGAGGCUUAUGGUAGAUGUCCCAUCAGUGGCAUACGGAAAGGAUUAGGAGACGAGAAAGGGAUACAAAAGGUCAAGGAACUGUACAGUGAAAUCUCUUUAAAAGGGAUCACGAUGACCAAGUUUGCCAGAGGUGUUGUUUACAUUGCGUUCCUGAAAUCUGGUGAAGUGGAGCAAGCAGAAGAUAUUAAAUUCAUUCAUGGCGAAGGAUUUCCUACAUUCAUUGUUAUGAAUGAAUUUAUGAGAGCAUAUUCACAACGCGGAGAUGUGAAAAAAACGCUUGAGUACUUUGAAAUGCUGAAGGAAAUUCACGACGAAAGGGGGAUGCCAGCAUUUGUGUACAAUGAACUCAUCUUUUGUUACGGACGUCAUGAUGAUGUGGUUUCUCAGAUGAAGGUGCUGGCGGAAAUGGACGAACUGGGAUUAAAAACAGUUCAAAGAACCUUCUCCCCGAUUGUACAUUCAUUUUGCAGGAGGGGUGAUAUUAAGUCUGCGUUAGAAAUCUUCAGACGCGCCAAGGAAGAUGGUCCUUUUCUUGGAAAGAGCAGUCUCAUAGUGCUGUUAAACACUAUGGUCAAAUUGGGCCAAACUGAACACUUUGAAAGUGUUUUGGAAGACUGUCGUCACUUUUUUGCGAGAGUAGUUAGAGACCGCGAUGAUGCCCAAGAAACAAUCAAGAAGCUGGUGUUCGCUUGUUUGCAUGCCGAAAAGUACGAUCUUGCUUUGAAACUCAUGCUGGAAAAUGACGUGAACCUGGAUUCAUUCACACUUUCAACUCCUGCAAGGAACGCGGGCUGGAAAGGAGAGGUCCAAGCUGUGUUGAACGCCAUAAAAUUCAUGAAGGAAAAUAACGUCGAUCCUAAAAUGUUGUACCGUGACCUGAUCAGAGCCUAUGACUUCCACCGUGACUUGGACGCUAUCAAGGCAGUGUACAAUAUGAUUGUUGAAGAAGGAAUAGAAGUGGGUCCAGCUUUCCAUGAGAUAUAUAAGCGUACAUUGAUCAAAUAUUCGGAGCGAUUAUCUCCCGGUGAAGUUCGUCAAAUAGCAUCAGCCACGCAGGAUGAAGUUGAUUUGGAUGACGAAUCCGACUCGUCAAGUGAUGAAGAAGUAGCCAACACUCAGGAGUUUGAGAGGGAUUCUGUUACAGAUGUUGACGAGGUGAAAGGCCCUAAGUGAUUUUGGAUGAGUAAUGGAAUUUCAAGGGUCGUCUGGCCGCUAAAUGCUUUGAGUGACUUUCAGCUCGCCCAGAAGUUUUGACGAUAUUCUGUCAUGAGUUAUAUUGUUCCUUUCACCCAAUUCCAAAAAGCUCAAUGUUGAAAGCGGUUACUACUGGUUCUAGGCUACCCAAUGAAAGUUCUACUUUGAGGACUCUAUGCUUGUUGAGUUAGAGCCAGGACUUCGUUUAAAACAGUACCUUUUGCCCUAGUUGUGUGGAAAUAUUUUUUUUUUGGAGCUAACACACAAAUGGACACUUAAAGUAUUUGCGCUUCAAAGUCCCAAUAAUUUAAUUAUUUUGAUUAAAACGCAGAAUGAACGUUUUGUCGCAGGGCUUGCUAGUUAUCUUUGCAUCAAAUUUGACUUUCACCAUUAAGUGUACGAAGGGGCAUUAGGUCACUGUAGUUUCAGCGCAUGCGUUACAAGGUCCUUAAUCGGCUGUGAAUUGAAGCUUUAUGUCGCCCCUUCUGUAUUGAAAAAGUAAUAAAAGGCUUUCAAAAAGAUG